AUGGCCAACGCCGAGUCGCGCGCCUCAUCAGCUCUCGACACCGUCUCGGUUGCGUCAUGGUCCUAUUCGCCGGCAAAUUUGCGCCACCUUCGGCCGCCUGUGCCAAAUGACCUGCCGGCGCAAUGCGACUCUACCGUCUUCACUUUUGAGGAUGCCUUUGAAGAUCUGCUCACCGUCUCGCAGGGACGGCCCCUGCCUGACAUUAAAUCCAGGUAUAACCAGAGACAGCUGCUGAGGCAGAUGUUUUCCCAUGGCGAGCCUACGUGGUUCUGGCUCCGAAGGCUGGAAUCGCAAGGCCUGCUUAGACGCCCCACUCGAGAUGAGCUCUACAGGCCCCGAAAUUUUGGCCUCUUGGAGGAUCUUGAGGAGCCUGAAUUUUCAGAGCCAAAUUGGAAUGACUGGUCGAAGCUGCACGAGGAGCUGGACCGCAAGGCAGCUGAAGUAUGGAAGGGCGUCACCUCUCGCGAAGAAAACGAUGGCCAGCCCAAGAGCCACAGCUUCUUCGACGAUGUGCACCAGACGUUCAAGCAGCUAGAGGAUAGCUUCUAUGGCCGGAAUGGCUCCCAUGAAGAGGAGCACGGCAACCAGCACCAAAAGCGCUUCCCCGACCACUUUGACGAUCUCUUCUCCUCCCUUAGCUCGAGCUUCGCAGAGGGCCACAAGACGUGGGACGCGUUCGUCAAGAGCAUUACCAAUCACAAACCCGUAUCUUCUGAGAAUUCGGCCGCGCAGCCACCCAGCUCAAGUGAGGAGAAGGUAUACGAUGACGGGACUAGGGAAGUGGUAACGAGAGAUGAAAAGGUCAACAGCUUUGGCUACUUGACCACGACGAUUACAAAAAAGACUUAUGAUAAGAAUGGUAAUGAAAUUGGCACGGAAACGCACUUUACGAUGCGCCCUGCAGAAAAGACCCAAAAUGCGAGAGCGAGGGAAAAUAACGAUGCAAAUGUUAUCGAAAGAGCAGAUGCAGACGCAGACGCAGACGCAGACGCAGACGGAGACGACCAGCAGGCGCAGGAUAAGAAAUCAGGAUGGUUCUGGAAAUAA